UUGUCGUCCCCCCCCACCCGCGGGCAGGUCGUUCUCGUGCCGCAGCGCGUGGCGCGGUCCCGGCCGGGCUCCGCGUGACUCCGCAGCCCGCCGGGCCCUGUGGCUGCCGGGGGGGUCCGGCCUCGGGCGAGGAGCCCAGCGGAGCCCGGGGCAGCAGCCCAGGUUAUGAACGUUCCUGGCUGAGCCUGUGGUACAGCCAGGAAGCUGGCCACACUCCUCAUUUGCAUCUCAGCGAGCCUCCUGAAUCGGAGAAUAUCGGGGUUGGAAGGGACCUCAGGAGGUCAUCUAGUCCCACCCCCGGCUCAAAGCAGGACCAAUCCCCAAUUUUUGCCCCAGAUCCCUAAAUGGUCCCCUCAAGGACUGAACUCACAACCCUGGGUUUCGCAGGCCAAUGCUCAAACCACCAAGCUAUCCCUCCCCCUGAUGCACAGACUUCUGCAUAACUGUGAGCUUCCCACAUUCGCUCCGACUGCUCCAGUGAUCGUCAGCCUGCUGUUGCUUGGGAUGUUCGCCCUUGUGGGCAGUGGCAGCAGAAAGGCCAGCGGUUGGCCUGGGGUCUGAGCAUUACCCAUCCCCCUUAGGGAUGGUUCUCCGAGGACGUCACUGGUGCUGUUACUGCCUGCGCUGAAAUGGCUGGUUUGCAUCAGAAAUUCCAGCAGCAGAUCUAUGGGUGGGAGAUUCUCUCUGCAAGGAGACAGAGAGACUGGCCUGAAAGUGGCUCAGCCUGUCUGACGGCCACCUGGGAAAAGGUCGUUUCCCUCUGAUGCACCAGAGAAGGGCGACGGCAGAGCCAUGUCUGUCGAGGAUGAUGGCUCUGUAAUGCACCCCCCUGAGUCUGCAGUGGACCAGCGCUGGAAGUUCCUCGUCUUCUACCUCUGCUUUUACGGCUUCAUGACCCAGAUCAGACCUGGGGAGAGCUUCAUCACCCCCUACUUGCUGGGAGCUGACAAGAACUUCACCAUGGAAGAGGUGACCAACGAGAUCACUCCCGUCCUGUCCUACUCCUACAUGGCCGUCCUGGUGCCCAUCUUCCUGCUGACGGAUUACCUGCGCUACAAGCCGGUGCUGGUGCUUCAGAGCCUGAGCCACAUCUCCAUCUGGCUGCUGCUGCUCUUCGGCGCCGGUAUCCUGGCCAUGCAGUUCAUGGAGUUCUUCUACGGCAUCACCAUGGCGGCCCGCGUGGCCUACUCCUCCUACAUCUUCUCCCUGGUCUCCCCCUCGCAGUACCAGCGCAUGGCCAGCUACUCCCGCGCCGCCGUGCUGAUGGGGGUCUUCACCAGCUCCGUGCUGGGGCAGCUCUGCGUCACCGUGGGCGGGGUGCCCUUCAUGACGCUCAACUAUGUCUCGCUGGGGUUCAUGCUCUUUGGGCUCAUCCUGACGCUCUUCCUGGAGCAGCCUAAGCGAAGCCUCUUCUUCAACCGGAGUGACGGCCCCUCGCCCUCGGAGCUGGACAGGAUGCAACCCGUCGGGGGCAAGCCAGUGCCCCCCGCGCCCUCCCGCUGGCGCAGCUCAGCCCUCUUCCGUAUGCUGAGGGAGCUCGGCACCAUCGCCAAGCUGCCCCAGCUGCGGCUCUGGUCCCUCUGGUGGAUCUUCAACUCUGCCGGCUACUAUCUCAUGCUCUAUUACGUGCAGCUCCUGUGGAAUGAGAUUUACCCUACCACGGACAACAGGAAGGUCUACAACGGCGGGGUGGACGCUGCCUCAACGCUGCUCGGUGCCAUCACCGCCUUCUCUGCGGGCUACGUGAAGAUCCGCUGGGCCCUGUGGUCGGAGCUGGUGAUUGGCAGCGUGACGGCCUUCCAGGCGGGGCUGCUCUUGCUGAUGAGCACCACCAGCAACAUCUGGCUCUGCUACGGGGCCUACAUCCUGUUCAGGGGCUCCUACCAGUUCCUGGUGCCUAUAGCCAUUUUCCAGAUUGCCACCUCCCUCUCCAAAGAGCUCUGUGCCCUGGUGUUUGGCGUGAACACCUUCUUUGCCACCGUCCUGAAGACCAUCAUAACCAUGAUCAUAUCAGACAAGCGGGGCCUGGGCCUUUCGGUGCAUCCGCAGUUCUACGUGUACUUCGCCUACUUCACGCUGCUGGCGGUGGCGUACCUGGGGGCAGCGGUGUGCGAGGCCGUGAGGCGCCGCCGGGGCAAGGUGCCGCAGGAGCCGGCCUUCGCCAAGGAGCUCUGCAGCCCCGCUGAGGAGGCGCCGGGGAAGGAGAGGAGCUCGGAGCCGGGCAGCGUGCACAUCUGAGAGAGGAGACAUGAGGGAGCGGCCUGUGUGCAGACCCCAGCCCCAUCACCGUCCCAGCCAGCAGCCAGCCCUGCCGCGGUCCUCUCACCUUCCUCGCACUGUCAAUGCGCAGCUGAGAAAGCCGGGAGCGCAGGCCAGGGUGGGGCUGCAGGCCUGUCCUAGCUCGUAGGGGCCGCCCAUCCCCGGGCUGUGCUCACCCUCGGCCCCCAGGCUGCCACUCCUGCCUGCGCCGCCCCUCCCAUCACAGCCUCAGCGCCGGCAGAAGCUGCACCGUGCAGACCUGUGUUACGAACGGCCUGUGAGGACAGAACGGCGCCAGCCCGGAGUCCCGUCCCAGCGCCAGGCCUGCUGCUUUGAGUGCCACGGCUCCGUUACUGAUGUGGUUCCUGGGCCGGGUUUUCCAGACACUUGUGCGUGCGCACACACGCUCAUUCGGGGUGACCUGUGCCAAGCUAACCAGGAAAUCGGGGGGCAGGGCUACACCCAAGAUGUUGCUAAGACAAGCCAUUGGGGCCCUCUGGUGUCAGCCCUCAUGGGUCCUGUGUUCCAGCUUUGCCCCACAAGGGCUAGAAGUGUGCUCUUUGUAGUGAAAGCUGAGGGUCCCGUGUAAUCACCUGACUCCAGGCUCUGGGGCUUGGAGCACUGCACCCGAUUGCCCCUCCCCCCAUGCGCUGCUUCGGCAACGGUCUGAAUGGCACCUGUGCAGCCGCUGCAGCUGCUCUUGCCCCAGCCAGCUGCUUCCACCCUAGUUCCCCCAGGCCCCUCUGGCGCUGAAUCUGCCUCCGCCCUGGGGGGCCAGCCCUGCCCUCCCUGCACACGGGUCUGUAGCUUUACAGCAUGGCCCACAGAGCAGCCUUGCUCUGUACUACGGGGCUGGAAAGUCCUGGCGUAACCUGGGGCCUUGUGGCAUAACUACGGCGCAUGCUGCAUACGUCCAGGGAGCUUCGACCCAAGCGGGACCAUGGUUGGCUCUCCUUGCCCCCCCCGGGCAGCCGUGGGGACUGGGUCGGGCUGAGCAGGUGAGCUGUGCCCUCCUGCCUGGCAUACAUCAGCUGACUGUAACAGAUGGCCCGGGGGGGGGGGGGUCCUGUACGCACAGGGGAGCUGCUGGCAGCCCAGCACAGGGCUAGGGGCCCAUUGCUGCCCUUAGACGCUGUGCUCCUCUGGGGCCUGCAGCCUGCACAGUGGUGCAUCGGUGGCCACCGGGGCAGGGCAGCUCAAGACCACAACCCUUCUGUGCUGGGGUGUGGCACACAGCAGCCUGCGUGCCCGCGGCCUGGUGGGCAGUGCUGGCUGGCUGCGCACGCCCACGUGCCCUUGGUGUCUGGGGGAGGUGCCUGGCCAGUAGCAGACACCCCGCUGUGACAAUCUGCUGAGCGCCCAGCCUUGUGCGCCAUGCCGUUACCCUUCCCCUGCCCCCAGCCCCAGCCUGGGGGCGUUUUAAUACUGCUAAGCUGCCUGCCAGCUCCCAGCCAUGCCAGCAAACACUGCAGGGCUCUGCCAAGCCAAACCGUGCCUUAAACUGUGAACCUCCCAACAGCAUCUCCCAUCGGCGGCCAGCCCCUGGCUGCACACGCUCACGCAGUAGUAAGGUUUUUGCUGCUUUAAAGAGCCCAUACACUCAGCCUGCUAGGUUCCUGGGGGCGGACACACCCGCCCUCCCGUUAGCGCACACCCCCUUGGCUGGUCACAGGGCUAAGUGCUACCACGGGUCAGGAAUAAAGCUGGAUGGUUACACGCAAGCAAAAGUAAAAUGACCCCGUGUGGCCUAAAACCCAA